AUGGAGCCGGCCGUGUCUCUCCGACGACCCACUGCGGGACCCGCAGAUGCCCGAACCCGGCGUGCUGAUUGCGAGGCCUCCGGUGAUAAGGAAUUGGCAACGUUCACCGAUUUGCCGCCGGAGAUCCAUCUGCUCAUCUCAAAACAACUCAUCUACCCCGACGCGCUUUCAUUGAAACACACGAACAGCUACUUCUACUACCUGGUCGACACGGGUGUCCGCCUCAAGGUGGAAUGGCUUAUGGAGCGCCGGAUGCUGCAUCUGGAGUGUCCAAACGACAAGCGAUGCGAUCUCGGCAGUGACCUCCGGUUUUGUAGAGGCAGCGUACCACUUCUCAUGCAGCGACGACGAGAGCACAUGGAAUAUCUGCAGCACCGCAUAUGGAUCAUUUGCUUCGAUGGUGACCUGGCCUUGAAUCCGGGACACAAGACUGCUAAGCGGGUUCUUGACAUCGGCACGGGGACCGGAUUAUGGGCCAUCGACUACGCCGAUGCCUUCCCUUCUGCAGAGGUUGUUGGGGUUGAUCUCAGUCCAAUCCAGCCUGGAUGGACUCCCCCUAACUGCUCCUUCGAGAUCGACGAUCUGGAAAAGGAGUGGACGUGGACGAAACCCUUUGACUUCAUCAUGUGCCGAGGCAUGGCCGGCUGCUUCGCCGAUGUUCCUGCAAUGAUCCAGAAGUUCUACGACAACCUCUCCCCCAACGGCUGGUUUGAAAUCGACGACCUGGCUCUACCCGUCGGCUGCGACGACGACACGCUGACCAAAGACUCGGCCAUUUCGCGUUGGCACGGCGCAGUGGCCGAGGCCUCGGAAAAGCUCGGCCGGCCGCUGGUCAGCAUGUCGACACACCUCGAUCCUAUCAAAAAGGCCGGCUUUGUGGAUAUCGGGUUCAAGGAGUACAAGUGGCCGUUGAAUUCAUGGCCCAGGGAUCCGAAGUUGAAGGAGCUCGGUAGCUUCCAGUGCGUGAAUCUGGACUUGGGACUCGAGGGGCUUUCGCUGGCGCUGCUUACUCGCGUUCUGGGCUGGAGCAAAGAGGAAGUCAUCACUCUUUGCGCUUUGACUCGGAAGGAGAUUCGGGAUAGGAAGAUUCAUGCUUAUUGGAGAGUCCACUGUGUUUACGCGAGAAAGCCUGAGAGUACUAUUGACGAGUUUGACUAA